CCACCCAACGGUUCCCCUCAUCAAAAUAGGAACUCCACGACAAAUCUAAGUUACAUCCGGGGAAGGUCGUUUCUUUAUCACAAUAGUAACACCAGACCUACCAUUCGAUCAUACAACUUUUAUUCUCUCCCAGUCUAUUAGGAAUGACUUUUCAGUUACUUGAUCUGGUAGUUUACGACUUUUCAGCAAUAGAUAUGGGGUGGCUACUUGAGUUUCUUACGGGUAUGAUAAAGCCGGUGGCUGCCCUUGCGGUGGUGCUGAUGGCGGUCUCACUAUCCUUUAUGCAAAAGUUAGGUUUGGAAGGAGAGAUGAUCUAUUCUAUAUUUCGGGCGUUUCUUCAGUUAUCAAUUAUUGGAUUUGUUUUGCAAUUCAUUUUCAGUCAGGAUCGUAGCAUUUGGAUCAUUCUUGCUUAUUUUUUCAUGGUCUGUGUUGCUGGUUAUACAGCUGGUCAACGUGCUAAGCAUGUUCCUAGAGGAAAGUAUGUGGCGGGGAUUUCUAUCCUGGCUGGAACUGCAGUGACGAUGUUCCUUCUUGUUAUUCUCAACGUUUUCCCCUUCACUCCGCGAUACAUCAUCCCUGUUGCAGGAAUGAUGGUUGGCAAUGCAAUGACUGUCACCGGCGUUACAAUGAAACGACUCCGUGAUGACAUCAAAGUGCAGAUUAGCCUGGUAGAGACGGCAUUGGCACUUGGCGCAACUCCUCGCCAGGCCACACUUCAACAGGUGAAAAGGGCUUUAGUAAUUGCUCUUUCUCCUGUUUUAGAUAAUGCUAAAACAGUGGGUCUCAUUUCUCUUCCUGGUGCAAUGACUGGUCUUAUAAUGGGAGGAGCUUCUCCACUAGAGGCCAUUCAAUUACAGAUUGUGGUAAUGAACAUGCUUGUUGGCGCAUCAACUGUUAGUAGCAUCAUGUCAACGUACCUAUGUUGGCCUGCAUUCUUCACCCCUGCUUAUCAAUUAGAAACUAAAGUCUUCAACUCAGAUUGAUGGCUGAAGAUCGCUAAUGUAGAUUUUGUUUCCUCCUAGCUACAGCUAGUUGCCAUUUUCAACGAAUUCCUUAAAAAGGUUGAUUGGCACGUAGAAAUCAAUCCACUAGUUAUCUUACCUUUAUAUAUAUCUGGAUUGUAUAUGGUGUAUCGAGUAUUUCCGUUUUUGCUAUGAUUUGAUUUAGUGGAA